ACGAUUAUUUCAUGAGUGAAGUUUUACCAACGGGCUUGGAUCCAAGAGAUGAACCUCGAAGCAUUGAGAGAAGAUCAAAACUUGUAAUUUCUAUCCAAGAAGAUGCUCGAGUUAUCCUUCAAAUGCCCAGAGGGAAUCUGGAAUCAAUUCAUCCUCGAGUUAUACUAUUGGACCUUUUGAAGCAACUUUUGUCUAAUAAACAAUUUGGAAUUGCAUUUAAUAUGAUGAAACGUCAUCGAAUUAAUCUAAAUCUAUUGGUUGAUCAUGAAUUCAAAAAUUUCACAGAAAAUGUAGAAACUUUAAUCAGCCAAAUAGGAAGUGAUGUUCAAGAUAUUUGUCUCUUUUUAUCUGAACUAUCGAGUGAGCAAAUAACUCGGUCUAUGUAUAAAUAUGCUUAUCUUGAAGAGUGUUCAAGUUCAAACAAAUUGGCUCUCGUUUGCUCCGAAAUGAGAAAAGUAAUGACGCAAAUGGACCCAGAACGUUAUUUCAUCCCCAUCCUGGUGACUUUCGUCAAAGAUGAUCCACCUCAAAUUGGUCAAGCUUUGAAGAUGAUUUUCGACAAAGGAACCGGAAAAGUUCAAGACGAAGCUCUUAGAUACCUUAACUAUCUAAUCGACAUUGAAAAGCUUUACAAAGAAGCUCUUGGAACAUAUGAUUUUGAUAUUUUUCUCAUGGUCGCUGCAAAAUCCAACAAAGACCCGAAAGAAUAUCAUGCCUAUCUUAAUAAACUUCGAGCUUACGAGAAUCCCUAUUAUCGACAAUUUAAGAUUGACGUUGAUCUUAAAAGGAAUGAAAAAGCUUUGGUCAAUAUGAACAGUUUAACCAGUGACGAUCAUCGUGAUGAAUGUUUAAAUUUCAUCAAGAACAACAAACUCUUUUGGUCAGCAGUUAAAAUCAUAUCACCGACUCAUCCAUGGAUACAAAGUAUUUGGGAAAUGUUUGCUGACUACCUGUUGAUUAAACGAUACUACGAAGAGGCCGGUAUUGCCUAUCAAAAGGCUAAAUCAAUUACCAAUGCAAUUAAAGCUUAUCAGUUAUCGGAAAAUUGGCAAAUAGCAAUUGAACUUGCGUUCUCAUUAGAGGAUUACGAUUGUAUCUCAUUGUGCCGAUUAUUUGUUACCCGAUUACUGACCGAUAAUAAACACUUGGAUGCUGCUUAUAUACAAGAAAAUUACCUUAAAGAUAAACACGCCGCCAUUUAUACGCUAAUUAAAGGUCACCAUUGGGGUGAGGCCAACAGGCUACUAGGAAUGGAACCAAGUGGAACUAAAAUCUAUAAUGUUAUCAAAAGUACUUUGGAAGAUGAAUUAGCAAGAGAAGCGUUUAUUUUCCUUUCGGUUGUUAGUGAAAAACGAUCUGAAUUGGAAGCGAAAAUUGAUCGAUUAAAGUUUGUCGAGGAGACGAAACAAAAAACUUUAGAAAACGAGGACAAUCUAGUGGAUGACGAACAUGAUCUAUUUUCUGAUACAUCUUCCAUUUCUGAUUCUUCAUCAGUCUCAUCAAACUCACGAUCAGCUAAAUCCAAAGGUGAUGUGAUCUCAUUAGCCACUCGAAAGACUCGUCAUAAGAAUAAGAAACACUUGAAGAAAUAUUCCCUCAAGGAAGGAAGUGCCAAUGAAGAUUUCGCUCUUCGUAAAUUGAUAAAGGAAAUGAUUGAAAGUUGUAUCGCCUUAACGGAAGAAGCUAAAUCUUUGAUUCGUUGGUUAUUUUUUUAUGAUAAAUGUGAAGACGCUUCUUGGUGUCAAACUGAUUUAUCGGCACUUCUUGAUUUUAUCGAAACUCAGGUUAAAAUAAUCUGGCCUGACCCCGAAGAAUCUAUUCAAUCGCUCGAUCAAACGCCGAUCAAUAAAAUCAAAAGAGCUCAAAGUUUAGCAUCUCGAUGUUUAAAAGAUCCUGAAUCAUUUGUUCCUCCAAAAUUGACCUGUAAACCCUGGAAAUUAGCAUUACUUCAGGAUUAAUCUUUUCAUGCCAACAAUUAACACUCGAAUUGAUUUUUUUUCGCUCUUCCAAUAUUUUGGUUAUUCGCUGUUGUUACAAUUUUAUCUGAUUGAAUUGGAUUUACACUCUCACCAUUAAAUUAGUAGUUUGAUUGAUUAUUAACUGUUAAUCUUUCAAUUGAAACUAUUUUGUCUAACCUGAUAAAAGAUUGUGAUUUUCAAGGUUUCUUAUUAACAACUUGGUUUUCAAUUUACCGUCUCUUUUUGUAACAAUUAACUCAUUAACUUUUUUCAAUAACUUGAAUGUUUAUUGGAAAAAAUUACUUUUGUAAUACUUAUUGAAUGUGUAUUGAUUUGGAUACAAAGAAAAUCAAUGCUAAGUGAGGUACAAUAAAUUAAUCGAUUGACAAAUUGAAAA